AUGGCGGGCAGAAUCGGCGGCAUGAUGCCCAACGCGCCCAUCAUCCUCUUGCGCGAGGACACCGACAUCUCACAAGGCACAUCGCAGCUUCUUCACAACAUUGGCGCCUGCACCUCGAUCGUCUCGUGCGUCGCAUCGACACUGGGUCCUCGUGGCAUGGACAAGCUGAUCGUCAACGAACGCGGUCAAGCCACCAUCUCCAACGACGGCGCUACCAUCCUCAAGCUGCUCGACAUCGUCCACCCUGCCGCCAAGACGCUCGUCGACAUUGCCCGCGCACAAGACGCCGAAGUGGGCGACGGCACGACUUCCGUCGUCCUGCUCGCCGGCGAGAUGCUCAAAGAAGCCAAGCCGUUCAUCGAAGAAGGCGUCGCACCACACGUCAUCAUCAAGGGCUACCGCAAAGCGGUGCAGCUCGCCGUGGAGAAGAUCAAGGAAAUGGCCGUGACCAUCGACAAGACGGACAAGGCGGCGUUCCGCGAUCUGCUCAUCAAGUGUGCCGGCACCAGCAUGUCGUCCAAGCUCAUUGUCUCGCAACGACCCUUUUUCAGCAAGAUGGUGGUCGAUGCGGUGAUGUCGCUGGACCAGGAGGAUCUGGACCAGAGCCUGAUUGGCAUGAAGAAGGUUCCCGGUGGAGGCAUGCAGGAUUCCCUCCUGGUUUCUGGCGUUGCGUUCAAGAAGACGUUCGCCUAUGCAGGUUUCGAACAGCAACCCAAGAGCUUCACCAACCCCAAGAUCCUCUGUCUCAACGUGGAGCUCGAACUCAAGGCCGAAAAGGACAAUGCCGAGGUCCGAAUCAACGAGGUCUCGGAAUACCAGGCCGUCGUCGACGCCGAAUGGCAGAUCAUUUUCAACAAGCUCGAAGCGAUCGUCAAGACAGGCGCCAAGGUCGUCCUCUCCAAGCUGCCCAUUGGCGAUCUGGCGACGCAGUACUUUGCCGACCGGGACAUUUUCUGCGCUGGUCGCGUUCCCGCUGACGACAUGAAGCGUGUCGUCCAAGCCGUUGGAGGUUCGGUCCAGAGCACGUGCUCCGACAUCCACCCGGACAAGCACCUGGGAACAUGUGGCAAAUUCGACGAGCGCCAGAUCGGCGGUGAGCGCUUCAACAUCUUCGAAAACUGUCCCGCUGCCAAGACGUGCACGCUGAUCCUUCGCGGUGGGGCAGAACAAUUCAUCGCCGAAGUGGAACGUUCGCUGCACGAUGCGAUCAUGAUCGUUCGUCGUGCGAUCAAGAACUCGCACGUCGUAGCCGGGGGUGGUGCUACGGAGAUGGAGCUGUCCAAGUACCUCCGGGACUACUCGCGCACCAUCCAGGGCAAGCAACAGCUGAUCUUGGGGGCGUUUGCAAAGUCGUUGGAGUGCAUCCCGCGUCAGUUGGCCGACAAUGCCGGUUUUGAUGCGACUGAUUUGCUCAACAGGCUGAGGAUGAAGCACGCCCAAGGGGCGGUGUGGGAGGGUAUUGAUAUUGAUGCCGAGGACACGGCGAAUCUCAUGGAGAAGUUUGUCUGGGAACCGAGCCUGGUGAGGAUCAACGCACUGCAGUCGGCGGCCGAGGCGGCGUGUCUGAUUCUGAGCGUCGAUGAGACGAUCAGGAAUCAGGCGAGCGAGAAGGCUCAACCCGGUCCGAAGGCGCCCCCGGGAACCAUGCAGAAGGCGUUGCGCGGCCGCGUGCCGCGUCGCUAG